UCCAGGAAGAAAACCCACAAAGGUCGUAUCGUUGGAAGUUUCUUGGUCGGCAACAGGGAGCUAUACGACUUUGUUGAUAACAACCCCUUCAUUGAAAUGUUAGAAAUAGACUACGUGAACAACACUCACAUAGUGUCACUGCAGCCCACCAUGACGGCCAUUAAUUCGUGCAUCGAGGUCGAUAUCACUGGCCAAGUGUGUGCCGACUCUAUUGGUACCCGGAUGUACUCAGGUUUCGGUGGUCAAGUGGACUUCAUCCGUGGCGCUGCUGAGUCAGUGGACGGGCGCGGUAAGCCCAUCAUAGCCAUCGUGUCCGCCACCAAGAAGGGGGAGAGCAAGAUUGUGCCUACACUUAAAGUUGGUGCCGGCGUGGUGACAACACGCGCCCACGUACAUUACGUGGUCACUGAACAGGGUAUAGCCUACUUGUUCGGCAAAACACUGCGCCAACGAGCCUAUGAACUUAUAAAAAUCGCUCACCCCGACCAUCGUGAAGCUUUGGAGAAGGCCGCGUUCGAACGCCUCAAGUGUAUGCCUGCGCCUUAAAAAAUAAAUAAAAAAAAGCUCACCUGUCACGGAUAUUCGUAGAACUUACCUAUUCUAUUUAUAAAAGUUUAGGUUAUCUGUUGAAAUGUCAAAUAAUCAAACGUCAUUUGUGAAACACAAAUGUUACCAGUAGACAAUAUUGGAAAUUCACUGCCCAACCUUUUUACAAGGCAUGGAAAAAAUAAGCAUAACUUUUGCAAUGUUACAUAUUAAUAUAAUACUUUUUUAAAUUUAUUUUUGUUAAUUUUCAUUCAUAUACUGUUAUGCUUUUUUAUUUAUUUCUUUACUUUUUUAUUUGGAAUCGCUUUAUUGCUAUAAUUAUCAUUAUCGGUUAAUUUUAUAACUGUUGAAAGGUUCGAACGAUAUUAAAUUACGAAUUUAUUUUAAUUUAUAUAAAUAUACAAGAAUAUAUCACUAUAUCCCGAAGCGAAUUAGUCAAAAUUUACCAACUUGAUAAACACAAAAUUCCAUCUUUAUGCAUUUUGACUUUUUCUUUUUUUAUGACAUUUUUUUAUGAAAUAGUUGUGUUGUUAAAUGUAAGUAAGACUGUAGUCUUUAUUAUAAAACGCCUUGUAUUGUUUCUGUAAGAUCAAAGUCUAACAAUCUAAUUAAAUAUAUGAAUUAUAGAUUAA